ACCCACAGACACUCACACACACUCGGUUUCUUUCGCUUUCAAACACACUCAUGGAUUAUUAUCAUCUUCUUCUUCUGCUGCUGUCGACCUGCAGCUUCCUGCCAGAUCUUCAGCUCUGCUUCAACUUUGACACAAAGAACUUCAAGAUCUUCUAUGGGUCUAAAGAAAACCAGUUUGGUUACACAGUCCAGCAGCACGAGGUGGGAGGACGCCAGUGGUUGCUGGUUGGCGCUCCCUUUGAAUCCACAGGGAAGCAGCAGACUGGUGAUGUGUUCAAGUGUCCUCUGGACACCAGAAGCUCUGCAAACUGCACCAGACUCAACCUGGGGAAACUUUCUCUGGACAACGUGUCUGAGAGAAAAGACAACAUGAGGCUGGGAAUGACGCUGACCUCCAACCCAAAAGACAACAGCUUUGUGACCUGUGGUCCACUCUGGUCUCAUGAAUGUGGAAGCUCCCUGUACAGCACAGGAAUCUGCUCCAAAGUCAGCCGAAACUUCAAACUGUCCCACACCAUCGCACCCGCCCUGCAGAGGUGUGAGACCCUCAUGGACAUUGUGAUCGUUCUGGAUGGUUCUAACUCCAUCUACCCAUGGUACGAGGUCCAGGACUUCCUCAUCACCAUCCUGCAGAAAUUCUACAUCGGCCCAGGUCAGACGCAGGUGGGUGUGGUUCAGUAUGGCUCAACGGUGGUCCACGAGUUCGGCUUGGGUGAGUACCAGACGGUAGACGAGGUGGUGGAGGCCGCCAGAGGCAUUGACCAGCGGGGUGGCGAGGAGACGAGGACGGCACUGGGCAUCAAUGUGGCGCGGUCAGAGGCGUUCAAUCGCGGCGGUCGUCCUGGUGCUAAGAAGGUGAUGAUCGUGAUCACAGAUGGAGAAUCUCAUGACAGCCCACAGCUAGUGCAGGUCGUCGCAGACAGCGAGAAAGACAACAUCACCAUGUACGCCAUCGCUGUUCUGGGUUAUUACAACCGUCGGGGAAUCAACCCUGAAGCCUUUCUGAAGGAAAUCAAAUUCAUAGCGAGUGACCCAGAUGAGAAGCACUUCUUCAACGUGUCAGAUGAGUCAGCACUGAAGGACAUCGUGGACGCGCUGGGAGAGAGGAUUUUCUCUCUGGAAGGAACCAGCAGUCAGGGUCGAGGGUUUGGUCUGCAGAUGGCUCAGGCUGGUUUCUCCUCACAUUUAGUCAAAGACGGUAUUCUGCUCGGGGCGGUGGGAGCCUACGACUGGAACGGUGCUGUGCUGAAAGAGACUAAACACGGGAAAGUUGUUCCACCAAAGUUCUCCUAUAAGGACGAGUUUCCAGACGAGCUGAAGAACCAUGGAGCCUAUCUGGGUUACUCGGUGGGUUCACUCAUUUCAUCUCGCGGCUCUCAGCUCUACGUGUCCGGAGCUCCAAGGUUCAACCACACAGGGAAGGUCAUUGUGUUCACCCUGAAGAACACUGGAAACCUGACCAUCCUGCAGGCCCUGCUGGGAGAACAGAUCGGCUCAUAUUUUGGCAGCGAGUUGUUAUCAAUGGACGUAGACAGUGACGGACAGACGGACAUACUGCUCGUGGCAGCGCCCAUGUUCUGCAGUCAAGGCUGGGAAAGAGGGAAGGUCUACAUCUACACUGUCACACCACAGACAUCAUUGAUCCUGCAGGGGGCGCUGGAGGUCUCUGACCGCUCUCAGAACUCCCGGUUGGGAUCAGCGAUGGCCCAGAUACCCGACAUGAACGGGGACGGGUUCAGGGAGCUGGUGGUGGGAGCGCCGCUAGAGGACGACCACCAGGGGGCGGUGUACGUAUAUUACGGCCAGGACAAAACCAUCCAACGCCAGUACAGACAGCGUCUGUCUGCAGCCGGUUUCUCUGCUGGUCUGAAGUAUUUCGGUCAAAGUCUUCACGGUGUUCUGGAUGUCAAUGCAGACGGACUUGUCGACCUCGCAGUGGGAGCACUGGGAGCUGCAGUCAUUGUCUGGUCUCGUGGUGUGGUGCGGAUUCAGGCCAAGCUGACCUUUGAACCGGAGAAGGUCAACAUCUUUAACAAAGACUGUCUGCGAGGAGGGAAGGAGGUCACCUGCAUGUCCGUUAUCGUUUGUCUGAGUCUGGAGUCCAGGACGAAGAGCAAGACAAAGUCCAGGACAGAUGUCGCUGUGUGGUACAGCCUGGUGCUGGAUGAGAGGCGAUUUCCUCCCCGAGCUGUUCUGGACGAAUCAGGUCGACAGCAGCCCAGGAGUCUGUCUCUACAGGUUGGAGGUCAGAGCUGCCAGCGCCUCGGGUUCUCCAUUCAGGAGACGACUGAUUAUGGACGUCCCAUCGCGGUUGUCCUGGAGACGGGGUUGAAAAGUCUAGAUGAGGGGCCGGUGUUGGACCCUGACUGGCCGAGUGUCCUGAGGGCCGAGCUUCCUUUCUGGAACGGCUGCGAGCAGGAAGAUACCUGUGUUCCCGACCUCAUCCUCUACAGUCACACUGACCUCCUGGAUGUUCAGCAGUUCUGCAGCUCGAGGGAGCGGGCGGUUUGGUCGAUCUGCAGCCACCAGGGGGCGUCAGAGGGCUCGGUGUACGUGAUGGAGGCUGGGCGGAGAAGGAUGGUGGUGUUUGCUCGACUGGAGAAUCAGGGAGAGAACGCGUAUGGCGCCGCCAUCCACAUCUCCACCUCCUCCAACCUCCUUUUUUCCAGUCUCAUUGUCAAGGACCAAUCAGAUAUUCAGAUUGAGUGUUACGCUGAGGACAGACUGGCCAUUCAGAGGAACUGUAACAUCAGCGCUCCAUUCAUGAAGUCCUUGGCUCAGGUAUCUUUCCGUCUGGAGUUUGAAUUCAGCCGCACUGUCUUCCUGGAUCACGUACGGGUUGUCAUGACGACCAGCAGUGAGGGGGAGGAGGGAUACCCAGACGACAACAUCAAUGACAUCUUCCUCCCUCUGAAGUACCAAACUGACCUCCUCUUCACCAGAGACCCAAACCCUCCUCGCUUUGAAAUCAGAGCCGACAGCUCCUCUUCGUCCUCCUCCUCUUCCUCCUGGGACCACACAGACAGCAGCUCCCCCAACUUCAACCUCACUUAUCAUAUCCAGAACCUGGGCAUGUUUUCUGUGCAGGACGUCCUGUUCAGGGCUGAUGUCUGGGCUGUGACCAGGCAGGGGAACCAGCUGGUUAACAUCACAGAGUACAGCAUCGAGCAGGUAGCUGGGUCUGACUGUGUGCUGCCUCAACCCAGAUCAACCAAUCAGGUUACAGCUGAGGACCUGUCGCACCUGUCACAGCUGAACCACAGUAACAGUGUGAGUGUGACGGUCCAGUGCAGACUGAACCUUCCGGCCUCCAGAGAGGUGAAAGUGACACUCAGCGGACAACUUCAAAUCCCUGCUCUGCUCACUGUGAACUUCAGGUCGUUGGAGUUACUGACUGAGGCCUCCAUCCAGCUGGAAGCGUCCAGCCACAUGUUCCUGCAGGAGGAAAGACCUGUCAGAGAGAUAAUCCUGGAGUUGAGGAAGGACGAGGAUUACACCGUCCCCGUCUGGAUUAUACUGGGGAGCUCACUGGGAGGCCUGCUGCUACUGGCCCUACUGGUCCUGGCCCUGUGGAAGCUCGGCUUCUUCAACAGACGGAGGAGACAGGAAGAGGAGGAGCAGCCUGUAGCCAAUGGGAAGGCAGCAGAGGAGCUAUAAUGUGUAGGCGACAACGAUGCUGUGUUCGGUUGGUCCUUGUCAACUUGUGAAGACUUAUGAUACGGAUUCUGUUUGUUGUUAACAGAAUCACUACAUGGAGCCUCUUCCAGACAGUAAGACAGAGAACAUGUAAAUUUUACCAUUAACUGUGGUCUAACAUGUAAUUUCUGGUGGUGAGCUCUGGUUUUAUGAGUUGUCGAGGAUCACCUGAAUGCAUUACGAGCCUCCACCUGUCACUCAGGGACCCUGAUGCCCCAAUCAGCCAAUCAGCCAAUCAGCCACGCCCCGGAACAUAUAACCAGGGCUGCGUCCAGUCCUGACGAAACGUAGCAAAUGUUUAUUUAAACAGAAAUGGUGGUGUGUAGGACAACCUGUUGGGUCACACAAGCAUUGCAACUAUGGCAGCUGAGACGACGGCUUAUUCUUUACUAUAUAAUACUUCUUCAUAGCAUUUUUUCUGAGCGCCAGCGUCCUUUUCAAUUGUUCCCAAUGAGGAGAAAGCAUAUGGUGGCAUGCAGAGAAAGAGUGCCGCGCCCAGCAUCUUUCUCAGGGCGCUCUGGGUUUUUGUUCGGCCACUCUGAGUGCUUCUAGUCGAAAAUCUCUAAACCUUUCAGAAAGGCGCUGGUGUUGUCCUGCACUGUCGCUCCUUUAGCUGCUGUCUAUCCCGAGCUGUAUGAUGUGUCAGUCAGAAACUAUCCCAACAAAAGCAGGAAAGCAUGUGUGGGGGGGGGGGGGGGGGGCAGAUCGGCCAGACACUGAAUGUUGCAGAUGAGUGUUGUAAGACUUUAGUUGAAGCCAUUGAUCACACGUCACUGCUGACUGUUAAACACGUCAUUCAGUCUGGAAACCCUAGAUGGGUGCACGCUGUUUUCAGACUGAACAUGCCCCGUAUUCCACUUAAUCAAUAGGGUCUGUGAACAGCUUGUAGCACUUUGCCUCCUGUCAGAUGCUAAACAAAAUAUGUCCACUCCUCUAGUUUACUAUAAACUCAUUUAUGAAUCAGUAAGUCAGACGACCAGCUUCAGCUCCGGUCAGCAAACAAGCAAACUGCUCACUGGCACCUACCACAAGACAAGAAGCAUACAGUAUUGUCAUGAUAAUAUCAGCAGAGCAUGGGUACAGUCACACAUGAGUGAGAGCUGGCGAGUGACGAUCACCUGCUGAGUGAUAUUCGUGCUAAAUGUGGGCAGUGAUGGUUGUAUUUGUUAGCUUGUGUGCUAAUAAAUACAGAGAAAUAUUAUGUUUUUGGUACAUUUUCCCAUUUCUUACAUUUCACGCCUGCCUCCCGACUUCGUGUCAGCCAGGCAGCAUCGCUCAUGUUGGGCGGUUUGUAUUUUUCAUGGUCAAUAUCAUACAAUAUUUGCUGGUUAGACACGGCAACAAUCAAUGACUCCUUUGUCUUGGCUCACUUGGAGAACUACAGCCAAUGACAGUCAAGCCACACAUACUUCUUUGCUAUUAGAUGAAGCUGCAAAUUCACCAAAGUUUAGUGCAUUUGCUUUGCCACUGGAAGCAGUUGUUUCAUUUGCCCCUUUGCUCACACUGAAUGGAAGUAAAUAAGAGACGAAUAUUUGCCAGUGUUAAGUUUGCUCAUGUGUGACCGUGCUUUAAUGGUGAGAAGUUUCAGGUUUUAAUGGACGCACUGCAUUAAUAUGACUGAAUGUUACUGGUCAGCUGGUAGCCACACAGCUGAUGAAACGAGCCACUGAUGAAGCAUGAAUGAAGCAGCUGAUGCCAGUCAGCUGAGGCAGACGUCAGCACUCUGAACUAACAAGUCUGAAAUAAAUUCCCAGUUUACUUGAUUAUGUACGAUACUUAUUUUGAUCUAUAGAAAGGUAGAGAGAAAGACACGACAGCUUCAGUUACUGCGCGAUUUUAUUCAUAUUUCACAUGUAUUUUCGUUCAGUCUCCAAAAAUUAAAACUCACCAAACUUUUUAUCUUUAAAAAGAAGUAUUAAUGUGCAGCGUAGCACUGUGUAAAUGACUGAUGUUUUGUACAGCAUUGAUUGUCCAUUCUCCAAAAUAACCAUAGAUGCCAGUUAGCUUAAAGCUAACCCCGGUGCUUUUAUUGUAUUUUGAUAAAUGUACCCAAAAGUUAAAAUCAUGUGCUGGAUUGAAAAACUGUGAGCAGGUCAAAGUUGAACAAAGACCUUUUCAACUUCCUUGUAAGUACUUUCACGUGGAACAACCAGAGAAACCCGUCCGACCACACGUGUCACACAAUGUCUUAUGAUGAUGUCAAAAUAUUUGAAGAUAUGCUGAGUGUUCAAAUCUCCACGAUGAAGCUGGUGAGUUACACUGAGGGGAGGAGUGAUGAAACAAACCAUAAAAUUAAAACCCGCCAGGCUGUAAAAAUAAAAUUCUUUUCAGUUUACUUUAUCUACAGACAAAAAAUGAAAUCAAACCAGCUGAUUAUAUUUAAAAGCGAGAGCCUAUGAAUAAAAGAAAGAGAUGAGACAACACAAGACUACCUAACAUGGCUGAUUUUACCUUAUUCUUUUUUAUACUAAUGGAAACUGUAAAUGCAUCUUAUGAACACACCUUGUAUAUUAAAUCCCAAUUUAUAUCUGAUGCACUUUUGUUGUAUAAAGUCAAACUUGAACUGUUUUUGUAAAUAAACACGUGUAUGAAUUAUUAAUAAGGAUUGUGGCAUUAAGUUUGAUAUGAAGCUGUUGUUUCAGCAGUUUGUACUGAUGUGCGAUGCCGCUCCGCCCGUGGACGAACUCCGUCCACGCAUGUUUGAUAUGUUUCACUAUUUGUGUUAAUAUUUGAAUAAAGACAUGUACAAGUUGUG